AUGGCUAAUCUUAAUGUCAGGCAGAGUCACAGAUUCUUUGUUCAGAUUCAUGGAUUGAUUGUAGAAGUAGCACUCAAUGUGCUAAACGCUGAGCCGAUCAUUAUUAUCUUUAAAUUUGGUGUCAUAUAUUUUUCAGGCACAUCAAACUGGGGAUGUUAUGCUCUUGCAUGCGCACUGUAUGCUUUAAGAAAAUGCAGAAUCCAUGACAGAUAUUAUAGAAGAGCUACUGGUCUACCCACCGAUGUUGAAACAAAAUUCAAAUGGGCUGUGCCAACGGUGGAAAGGGAAUACAAGAAUCUUGAAAUUGUUGAAAACGCAGGAAUCAAAGAUGGGAUAUCACCGCAUCAGCAAAUGUCUGUUGAUGGGUUUACUUUCUUUCCAACCCAUGCUGAGAAAGUGAAGGAAAUGAGACAAAUCAUCAAUAUUUGAAACCAUUAG